AUGAUCGACUCCAAUCCACACUACACGACGCGAGAGAUUGCAGACGUUCUCCUAAUAUCGAAAUCGAACGUGGAAAAUUAUCUGCAUCAACUUGGAUACGUUAGCCGUCUCGAUGUUUGGGUUCCACACGAACUGAAGGAAGCUCAUUUAAUCCAACGCAUUUCCAUCAGCGAUUCACUCGGAAAACGUGAGAAAAGCGAUCCAUUCCUGAAGCGUAUGGUAACUGGCGAUGAAAAAUGGAUCUUCUACAAUAACAUCACGUGCAAAAGAUCGUGGGGGCAGCGCAGCGAACCGCCACAAAUCGCUUCGAAGGCAGGACUUUACCCGAGCAAGAUUAUGCUCUCAAUUUGGUGGGAUUGGAAAAAUGUUGUGUAUUACAAGCUACUUCCGAAGAACAAAACGAUCAAUUCAGAUGUUUACUGUAAUCAACUGGAUAAAUUAAAUGCAGCGAUCCACGAGAAGCGUCCAGAAUUGGUGAAUCGUAAAGGCGUCGUCUUUCACCAUGACAACGCUAAGCCGCACACAUCUCUACAAACCCGGCAAAAAAUAUUGGCGUUAGGCUGGGAUGUCUUAUAA